UCGCCGUCCUCCUUACACCCAUUGAUCCUACCCCAUCUUCCCCUCGCAAGAUGAAAUCACUACUCCCUCUCCUCCCCCUAAUCAUCUCUACACUCCAUACCUCACUAGCCUGCGAAGAUUCAGAUUCAGUGCACGAUAGCUGCUACGGCACACCCUCCCACGAUGUCAUACUCACGCGCAGCGUGAAGCGCAUGCAGCCAGACGCGCUGAAUGCCACAUCCGGACCGAAAGCGCCAUUGGAGUGGGGCCAGAUCAAUUUCUUGCAGACUACGGAUACGCAUGGAUGGCUGGAGGGACACGUCAAGGAGCCGAGUUAUGGCGCAGAUUGGGGGGAUUAUGUGGGGUUUGUCCAAGGGAUGAGGAAGAAGGCUAAAGGGCUGGGGGUGGAUUUGUUGGUGGUUGAUACAGGGGAUUUGCAUGAUGGCGCAGGACUAAGCGAUGCGACCUUGAUCAAUGGCAAUGUCUCAAACGCCAUCUUCGAAAACUUGGAUUACGAUCUUUUGACCAUCGGAAACCACGAACUCUAUGUCACCGAAAUUGCUUACGAGACUUUCAGCAAUUUCUCGAAAGUGUAUGGCGAUAGAUAUCUCACUAGCAAUGUGCAGAUCAUCAAUCCCGCCACGGGCGAAUUUGAGUAUAUCGGCCACACCUCCCGAUACUUCACCACCGAACAUGGCCUACGCAUUAUGGCAUUUGGUGUUUUAUUCGAUUUCACGGGCAAUUCCAAUGUCUCCAAGGUCAUCAAAGCUGCCGAUAUGGUCAAAGAACCCUGGUUUCUCGAAGCCGUCAACUCCACCAAGCCCAUUGACCUGUUUGUUGUGAUUGGACAUAAUCCUGUUCGUACUACAGUCAGCUCCUCGACGUUUGGGACAGUUUUCAGCGCCAUCAGAAACCUACGCCCAGAUGUACCUAUUCAGGGAUUCGGAGGUCAUACACAUAUCCGCGAUUUCGUAGUAUAUGACAACAAAGCGACCGGUAUGGAAUCAGGGCGCUAUUGCGAAACACUAGGAUGGGUGGCAAUCUCAGGUAUUGAGUCUUCGAAUUGCACGGGCACAGGCCCUACUGGGGUGCCAACUCCCACACGGAAUGCUGUUCGGCCAGCAAGCACCGGGACCAUCAGUGCAUCCUUGCCCAGUUCAACAACCCCUUCCAAGCUACGUUAUGCCCGUCGCUAUAUGGACUGGAACCGCUUGACGUUUGCUUAUCACGCCGAAGGAAGUCAAAGUUACGCCACAAUUGACACGGCAAAGGCGCGUGCUGUCACGAAUGAGAUCACUGCUCAGAGAGCUAGACUCAACCUCACCAGUCUAUACGGUUGUGCUCCUGAGACUUACUGCCAAUCUUGCAAGCCUUUCCUUGAACCUGGAAACUUGUUUGGACUACUCCAGACUGCAUUGUCUACAGUGGUCAUCAAUGAAACUCGCAAGGAUACACCUCGUCUCAUCAUCAUAAACACUGGAAGUGUACGGUUCGACCUUGCCAAAGGACCAUUCACAUACGAUGAUUCGUUCAUUGUUUCGCCAUUCAAAGAUUCUUUCCAGUUUAUUUCGGACGUUCCAUAUGAACAGGCAUCCAAGGUUUCCGAAAUACUCAACGCCGGUCCGUUCCUCAAGAAGAGAGAUCUUGCCACUUCGGACUUCAACUUCUCCCCCAUGCUCGCAGAUCGCGAUACAUGUAUCGACCCACCAGUCCUCCACUCCUUCGAAGGCAUGCACAAGCGCUCCCAGCCAAAAGGCCGUAUCAUUCGUCGCCAGUCACUCGAAACCUCCCCAGGAUACACCACAGUCGACGAUUUCGGCGAUGACGGAGACGACACGGUCCACACGAAGAUUCCAAACUAUCACCAACCUAAUACCCUGCAAGCAAACGCUAGUCUUCCUGCUGACGGCUCAUUGCCUCAAACCGUUGAUCUCAUCUUUCUCGACUUCAUUGCCAGUGACGUUGUCGACGCUUUGAACCAGCCGGAUGUCGGAGGGAAUUUCUCGCUUGAUCAGGUUUCUUACUACGUGGACAAGAGCUUCACGACGAAUAGCUAUCUUCCGGCGUAUGCGAAAAUUGCUUGGCAGAAAAACGUGCCUAAUUGCCCCGUGGGUGGUGGGAUUGGGAGUUAG